GAUGUUUUGCCAAUGUAUUACAGACCUGGCAAGGCCUUGUCAGGGGAGAACGCAAUGCGUUUGUUAUUGCCCGCAUUAGAGCAGAGAUGGAUGCAGAAAGAACAGGAGCCAAGCUUGGCAGCUGACUGCUUAUCUCAGCCGAGGGGAAGGCACUCCAUAAUUACAUGCCGUCUAGACACUGUUACCUGCAGUCGUACCUAGGACAGGAGAGAGAUAGUGUGGAGAUUAACCCUCUCUCUCUCAUUUACACACGCACGCACGCACGCACACACGCACGCACACACACACACACAAGGAUGCCCAAGGAAAAUAAGAAGUUUGCUUUCAGAUCCGCGUGCUUUUUGUCCCAAGUUGUUCCCUGUAGGAGCAGGGGAAGUGUUGCCUGGAGACGACUUUGGAUUUUUUUACAGCCUUGAGCAGAGGAGAUGGAGAAGUAUGAGAAAAUCAAAGUGGUCGGAAGAGGAGCUUUUGGGAUAGUGCACCUGUGUCGCCGGCGCAGCGAUGGGGCUUUUGUGAUCCUGAAGGAGAUCCCAGUAGAGCAGAUGUCCCGUGAUGAACGCCUUGCUGCCCAGAACGAGUGCCAGGUGCUGAAGCUGCUCAACCACCCCAACAUCAUAGAGUACUAUGAGAACUUCCUGGAGGACAAGGCUCUGAUGAUCGCUAUGGAAUAUGCACCAGGUGGAACCCUAGCCGACUACAUUCAGAAGCGCUGUAACUCCCUGCUGGAUGAGGACACCAUCCUGCACUUCUUUGUCCAGAUUCUGCUGGCCCUGUACCACGUGCACAACAAGCUCAUCCUACACCGUGACCUGAAGACCCAGAACAUUCUGCUUGACAAGCAUCAAAUGAUUGUCAAAAUAGGCGACUUUGGAAUCUCCAAAAUCCUAGUCAGCAAGAGCAAAGCCUACACUGUGGUGGGGACCCCAUGCUACAUCUCCCCGGAGCUGUGUGAGGGGAAGCCCUACAACCAGAAGAGUGAUAUCUGGGCCCUGGGCUGUGUUCUAUAUGAGCUAGCCAGUCUCAAGAGAGCUUUCGAGGCUGCUAACCUACCUGCCCUAGUGUUGAAGAUCAUGAGCGGUACCUUUGCCCCAAUCUCAGACCGGUACAGUACAGAACUCAGGCAGCUCAUCAUGAACAUGCUCAAUCUGGACCCGUCCAAACGCCCUCAGCUCAAUGAGAUCAUGGCCCACCCUGUUUGCAUCAGACCCCUGCUAAACCUCUACACUGAUAUAGGCAAUGUCAAAAUGCGCAGACCGAGGUAUUAUUAUGACAUUUGGAAGUGGAAGCAAUGGCUGUCUCGGACAUGGAAAUUUUAAUGACGUAACACAGCCCAAGAUUGUAGAGGCCUUACUCGGAUACGAGCUGGUCCAGGUGUCAUGUGGUGCUUCCCAUGUGCUUGCUGUGACCAAUGACAGAGAAGUAUUCUCCUGGGGAAGAGGAGACAAUGGCCGCCUGGGGCUGGGCACCCAGGACUCCCACAACUCUCCCCAGGAGGUGUGUGUGCCAGGGAAGUUUGAGGCCCACAGGGUGCUGUGUGGAGUGGAUUGCUCCAUGGUAAUCAGCACCCAGAACAGCAUUCUGGCCUGUGGCAGCAACAGGUUCAACAAGCUGGGGUUGGAUAAGAUCAAUGCUGCAGAGGAGCCAGCCCCCUGUGACCAGAUUGAAGAAGUCUACUUGUUCAGUCCAGUCCAAUCAGCACCUCUGAAUGUGGACAAGGUUGUUUACAUUGACAUUGGAACAGCCCACUCUGUUGCUGUCACAGAGAAGGGGCAGUGUUUCACAUUUGGCAGUAACCAGCAUGGUCAGCUGGGCUGUAGCUCCCGCCGGACCAGUCGUGUGCCUUAUCCGGUGCCGGGCCUUCAGGGCAUCAUCAUGGCAGCCUGUGGGGAUGCAUUCACUCUGGCAAUUGGAUCAGAAGGGGAGGUGUAUACCUGGGGAAAGGGGGCCCGUGGCCGCCUCGGAAGAAAAGAGGAGGAUUCUGGGAUACCGAAGGCAGUGCAGCUCGACGAGAGUCACCCGUUCACGGUGACGUCAGUGGCAUGUUGUCAUGGCAACACUCUGCUGGCAGUGAAACCUUUGCUUGAGGAGCCAGUCCCCAGAUGAUACAGCUCUGAAAACCAUCCCACCAUUGUCCACCCCUUCAGUAGCUGUCAGGAGAGAAACAGUGGCACAAGGUGAAGGACUGCUAGCCUCCUCUGAAUAACCUCUUCCAGUGGCCGGUAGUUUACUAAGCUGUUGGAGGAUUCCUGCACAUCUUACACAGUUUCAGUUGCCCUGUCUCAAGUCAGUUUAUAUAUUUUUUAAAUAUUAUGUUUUUCAUACAGUAUUAUGUAAAUGGUGGGGCUUUAAAAAUGGCACAAUUUAUGGAACAGAUGCAAAACAAUCCUAUUUAGCUUCCCUAGCUUAUGUAGCUGGUAGCUAAUAGAAUGCUUUACCAAAAGUAUUGGAGUGAGAUUGCAGAAGGAAUUGGGGAGCUGUCCUGCUGCAAAGUUUUGUCCUCUCUCACCAGUGAGGUUAGCAUGAUAAAACACACAGUUCCAGGAUGUCUAACUGGUUUGGUAGCUUUAUUUACCCAGUAUUGAGUUAGACAAAACAAUGUGUGUGAAGAAGGAAGGCUGCUAGUUUAGGACUGCCACUACCGUGUGAGCCUACUAACUGACUUGUCAGUCAAAUGAAGCAAGCAAGUACGGCACUUCAAAUCUUAAGCACGUUAUCAGUGUGCUUUUAGGAUUAGUCCUCAUCAAUUGGUUGAGAAAGUUUUGUUUUCAGUCACAAUAACAGAUGGUGUGUUUAGUAUCAUAGUAAGGUACUUUUAGACAUUUUCUUUAAGACGGUUGACUAAAGGAGGCCACUUCUAUUGUAAAUGCAUUUCAAGUCACAUAGACCUUUCAACCCUCAAGAGUUCAAAGAUUGUUGAAGAUUUUGUAUGUAGAAGUGCCUCUAACAGCAUGGCACAGGUGUGAGAGACACAUUAAGAGUCAAUAUUGGCUCUUCAGCUGUGUGUGUGUCGUAGGCAUGAGCCAGUUUGAUAUGAUGUGCUUAAUUAGAACCCUUAAUGCAUCCCAAAUGGCACCCUAUUCUCUACAUAGUGCACUAUUUAUGGGCCCUGAUAAAAAAUAGUGCACUAUAUAGGGAAAAGGGUGAUAUUUGGGACGCAUACACUAGCUUGAUCCUACUCUGGAAAGCCUCCAAACAGGCUGGAAUGGUAAGUGCUCCAGACAGAGGAAAUCAAUGUUAUUGGCCUGCUCCUUACUAUCUCUAUGUCACCCACUCUAGUAUCAGUGAUGUAGUGGUAAGAAUAGGUGGUUAAACUGAUCACCGGUCACAGUUGAAAAAGUAACGCUCCAUAUACUUUCAAUGCAUUUUCCACCAAAAUGUUGGUAAACUGUAGUGCAAGAAAAGGUGCAUCACUGUCUGGUAUCCAAGAUGAUUUCCAAGCAGAUGUUUUUGUUUUCCAUUUUUGGAAGAAAUGUGAACAUGAUUCAUGUUAGUGCUUUGCCUGCAGUGUUGCCAAUUUGUCAGAACAAUCCUCUUAAUUUACCUUCUGUGGUACCACUGACACAAUUUUUCUGUGAGAAAAAAACUUAUCUUAUUUCCCAAUCAUUAUGUAACAAAUAACAAUUGAUAUUUGUGCUGUUAUUACAUAGUUACUGCCUUUGUUGGUAUAUGAAUAUGCCAUUUUAUAAAUUCUGUCAAAGAAGGAAUGGUCUAUUCUUGUAUUGUACAUAAUGUACCAGAUAAUUGAUAAACACUGUAUAGUAUGCCUAUUGUAUGUGAUACAAUUAUCAACUAAAUUAUAAAUUAAUAAGGGACAAGAAAUUUGAAAUGGAUUUUCUUUGUUUGGGUCGCUAUUUCAUGUCAGAUUACUUUAGUCAAAACUGAGUUAAAUCAUUUGUAAUGAUUGUGAAAACAGUUUAUGAAGAAUUGAGGCAGCAAUA